GGAGGAAGAAGAAGAAGAAAAUAACAGAGAGAGAGAGAGAGAGAAAGAGAGAGAAGGUGACGUGUGGGGUCUUCUUGGGGCACGUUAGCUUUACCUCUGAGAAUUGUUUAAUGGUUUUUACAAAGCGGCCAAGCAACAAUUUACUUGAGAUAUUAUUGUACACAAACAAAAUAAUAGAUAGAUAGAUAAAACAGAGCGUUAAAGAAAUCCAAACCAUUUAAGCAAAAUGUUUGCAUAAAGCAAUUAUGAAUCCCAACUGGGGUUUGGGUAUAUAAGCUAGUUUUUCAUUAACAAGACAAAAAAGAUCGUAUUUUUAUUUCUUUUUUUGGGUUUUGAGUUCAGUAAAGAAACAAUGAGGAAGAAGGGGUUGUUAAUGGUGAUGAUUCUUUUGGUGCUCGGCGUUUUGGCUACGACGUCGUUUUCAGCCAAUGUAACGUACGACCAUAGAGCUUUGGUUAUUGAUGGUAAACGCAGAGUCUUGAUUUCUGGCUCCAUUCACUAUCCUCGCAGCACUCCCGAGAUGUGGCCAGACCUUAUUCAGAAAUCUAAGGAUGGAGGUUUAGAUGUAAUUGAGACCUACGUUUUCUGGAACAUCCAUGAACCAACUCGAGGCCAGUUUGAUUUCGAGGGAAGAAAAGAUUUGGUUCGAUUUGUGAAAGCUGUAGCUGAAGCUGGUUUAUUUGUUCAUCUACGCAUUGGUCCUUAUGUCUGUGCCGAGUGGAAUUAUGGUGGGUUUCCUCUUUGGCUGCAUUUUAUACCGGGAAUUGUGCUGCGAUCAGAUAAUGAACCUUUCAAGGCAGAAAUGAAGCGGUUUACGGCUAAGAUUGUUGAUUUGAUGAAACAAGAGAAACUUUAUGCUUCUCAAGGUGGACCUAUAAUUUUAUCUCAGAUUGAAAACGAGUAUGGAAAUAUUGAGUCAGGAUAUGGAGCUGCUGCCAAACCCUACAUUAAAUGGUCAGCAGCCAUGGCUAUAUCUUUGGAUACAGGGGUUCCCUGGGUUAUGUGCCAGCAAGCAAAUGCUCCUGAUCCCAUUAUUAACACUUGCAAUGGCUUUUAUUGUGAUCAAUUCACCCCGAAUUCAAACAACAAGCCCAAAAUGUGGACUGAGAAUUGGACUGGAUGGUUUCUAUCUUUCGGUGGUGCUGUGCCUUAUAGACCAGCACAAGACUUGGCAUUUGCAGUAGCUCGAUUUUUCCAACGAGGUGGAACUUUACAAAACUAUUACAUGUAUCAUGGAGGGACAAAUUUUGGCCGUACUACUGGUGGCCCGUUUAUUUCGACAAGUUAUGAUUACGAUGCCCCAUUAGACGAGUAUGGGCUUGUUAACCAACCAAAGUGGGGACAUCUAAAAGAUCUGCAUAAAGUCAUUAAACAAGUUGAAGGAGCACUGGUGGCCACUGACCCAGCAAUUAGUUCUCUUGGCUCAAACUUGGAGGUAGCUGUGUAUAGAACUGGUUCAGAAUGUGUUGCUUUUCUUGCUAAUGUAGGCACCAACUCUGCUGCCACUGUGACUUUUAAUGGCAAUUCAUACAAUUUGCCAGCAUGGUCUGUCAGCAUUCUACCAGACUGCAAGAAUGUUGUCUAUAACACCGCAAAGAUUAAUUCCAUGGCGAUGAUUCCAAGCUUCACACGUCAAUCUUUGAUAGCCGAUGUUGAUGAGUCGUUAUCCUUAGGCUCGGCAUGGAGCUGGAUAAAGGAGCCUGUUGGUAUUACAAAGGAUGAUGCAUUCACCAAACCUGGAUUAUUGGAGCAAAUAAAUACUACCGCCGACCAAAGUGACUAUUUAUGGUACUCUUUAAGUGUUGAUGUCAAAGGUGACGAGCCAUACCUCGAUGAAUCGAAGACUGAUCUUCAUGUGGAAUCGCUUGGCCAUGCCCUUCAUGCUUUUAUCAAUGGAAAACUUGCAGGAAGUGGCAAAGGCAACAGUGGAAAUUCCAAAGUUUCAUUGGAGAUCCCAGUCACAUUUGGUUCUGGAAAAAACACAAUUGAUCUUCUUAGUUUGACAGUUGGGCUUCAGAACUAUGGAGCCUUUUUUGACACAAGGGGCGCGGGAAUCACCGGCCCUGUAAAGCUCAGAAGCGCUAAGAGUGGUACGUCGGUAGACCUCUCUUCUUUGCAAUGGACAUACCAGGUUGGACUAAAAGGUGAAGAGCUAAAUCUUCCUAGUAAAGAUUCUUCGCUGUGGUCGCAGUCUACCUUGCCGAAAAAGCAACCUUUGACAUGGUACAAGACAAGCUUUGAUGCCCCUUCUGGAAGUAGUCCUGUUGCGAUAGACUUCACGGGAAUGGGAAAAGGCGAGGCAUGGGUGAAUGGACAAAGCAUUGGGCGGUAUUGGCCGAGUUAUUUUGCUCCAAAUAGCGGUUGCAAAGAGAAUUGUGAUUACAGAGGACCUUACAGUUCAAGCAAAUGCUACAAGAACUGUGGGAAACCAUCUCAACAAUUAUAUCAUGUCCCUCGAUCUUGGUUAAAACCAAGUGGAAACAUUCUUGUAUUAUUCGAAGAAAUCGGGGGUGAUCCAAUGCAGAUAUCUUUUGCCACGAGAGAGGUCGAGAGUUUGUGCUCACACAUUUCAGAAUCUCACCCACCACCAGUAGAUUUGUGGAACUCAGAUUCAGAAUCAAAAAGCCACACAAGAACGCCUGUAUUGUUGCUCGAGUGUCCAUCGCCUAAUCAGGUCAUUUCCUCAGUCAAGUUUGCAAGUUUUGGAACACCGCACGGGUCUUGUGGGAGAUUUAACCACGGCAAAUGCAGCAGCACUAAAGCAUUAUCCAUUGUUGAGAAGGCUUGUGUUGGAUCAAAAAGUUGUAAGAUUGGCGUUUCGAUAAACACAUUCGGUGACCCCUGUGUAGGAGUAACCAAAAGCUUAGCAGUAGAAGCUUCAUGUACUUAAGCAAUUCAUGUAAGCAACAGAACAGUUGUUGCUUCAAAGCUCUCUCAAGCAUUUGUACCAGUGAAUUUAGACUAAAGUUUUCUCCAUACAUGAAAAUAAAAAUGUAAUCUUGCAAAAAUAAUAAUAAUAAAAAUUUACUUCAAAACUA